CUCUAUCUCUCUCUCUAUCUCUCUCUCUCUCUCUCUGUGUGUGUGUGUCGCGAUGAGGAGGUCCGGAGGCAGUGGUACCAUCAGCAAACUUUUUGGGCGAAAAAGUUCUUCCAAUUCGCUCUACGCUGCGACCCCUUCUGCGGGCGGUGCGCUCACUGCACCGGGAGAGAUGGCAGAGAUGGGAAAACUGGAUCAGAUUCUCACAGCUAAUAUGUUCAACGACGAGGCGAUGAAUAGAUAUGUAGAUUCUGGAACUGCGAGGGUGAAAUCCAGGCCCACAGUCAAGCUUUCCAUUCCUCACCAUGACCGCCCAGAGUUUACUGUGCCCGACAGACUGAUGAUUUCUACCAUCCCGAGAGUGGCUAUGAAUUCAGGUUACAAUGUAAAAGACAGUGACCGCAAACCGACUGCCUCUACUCUUGGGAACUAUGGACAAGGUGGCUUUGUGCCUGACUACCCAGAUGACGACUGGAUCCCACCACCCCCUUCAAUGGCUCCUCCACCACCCCCGCCGAUGGCUGCUCCGCCACCGCCUAUGCACGGCGCCAUUCAGAGUCCUCGCUCGCCCAACGCCUUUUAUGAAAUGUCCGCUCCCCCGCCCCCAAUGGUUGCCCCGCCUCCCCCACCUCCAGCUCCCAACACGAGAGCCCAGCCAAUCCUACCCCCCCCGACCUACCCCCUGCCUGACACCAACUCGCUGUUGCCCCCGAGGAUGAUUCCUCCAGCACCUCCUCUAGUAAAGAUGCCUCACAAACCUUUCGAGAUGGAGGAGCAGGUUCCAAAAAUGCCUCCACUGCCUCCUCCAAAUAUGCCCCCUCCAGGUCUCCCACACAGUCAUUUUCCUCUGAAGUCUUCCCUGCAAGACGAGGUUUCCAGAUUGCGCCCGAUCAAUCGCCCCAAGAAUGCCCCGCCACCCCCUCCGCAAAGGCACAUCCUCCAGCGCCCUUUCAGUCUUCCUCUGAAAGACGAAGGUUUGCAUCCUCUGCCUUCUUCCGCGACUUUCCCGACGAAACCUAUGGCUUCACAGGUCUCUCUCGCGAGCCACCGAUCCUCGUUCGCUCCCGAACCUUCUCCCCUUUUCCCAAACUCUUCAGUCGCCUCCACCUUCAACCCUAAGGCGACGGCCAAGCUCUACGGGUUCUCCCCGAACGCCAAUAGUUCCGAGACGUCGAGGGCCAACCGACAGAGUAAAACCAAAUCCAUGCUGAUCAUGCAGGAUGCCAACGAAUACACACUGGACUCGCAGGACAAGGAGGCUGAAGUCGAAAUCCGAGGAGAGCAAGGGAUCAAGCACGUUUGA